AUGAAGGGUGCGGGCAAGGGCGCCGCGACCAAGCGCAAGGAGCGGCGGCACGCGAAGUUCAAUCCCGGCCCUGGGCCGCAGUCCGUCAAGCCCGUCGGCGGCGCGGAGGCUGCCGGGUUCGACGACGGAAACGUCGAGGCCAAGAAGAAGAAGAAGCUGGGAAAGCUCAGCAAGAAGCGCAAGGCGGAGGGCGCGUCAAACGACGACGCCGACGACGCAACCGCCGCCGCCGCCAAAAAGAAAUCUAAAAAGUCCGCGGUCGACGCCACGCACAAGGCGGUGUCCAAGAGGCACGACAGCAAGCCCGCGUGGACUAACCAGACGCGACGGGAGCAAAAAGACUGGGCUAACGAGCAGAAGGCGCUGCAGAAGCCCAACUUCACCCUCAUUCAGGAGAUCACCGCGCUCUGGGAGAGGCUCAGGGUGAAGAAGAUCUCAAAGGACGACAAGCGCAAGCUCGUCGCCGCCAUCUUCAAGGCCAGCAAGGGGAAGUGCGCGAUCCUCGCCAACAACCACAAGGCGUCCCGCGUCAUCCAGGCCCUGCUCAAGUACGGCACCGAGGACGAGAGGGCGUCGGUGUACGCCGAGUGCGCGCCGCACCUCGGCCCUCUCGCCAAAUCCCUCUACGGUCACUUCAUCGUUCAGAAACUCGUCGACGCGACGCCCAAGGAGAAGCUUCCCGAGCUCCUCGCCAACGUGAAAGGUCGCGUGAGGAUGCUGGCGAAGCACCCGGUGGGCUCGCAGGUCCUCGAGGCCCUGUACUGGCCCGCGCCCGCGCCGUGUAAGAGGGACAUGGAGUGCGAAUUUUACGGCUCGGAGUUUGCCAUGUUCGGAGCUUCCGGUCUCUCCGGAGACGCGGACAAGCCGGCGACGUCCCUGCGCGAGGCGAUGCUCUCCAAGCCCGUCGCACAGCGCCAGGGCAUGCUCCGCGAGAUGAACAAGACGCUCCUGCCCAUCCUCGAGAAGGGCCUCGUGUCCCCUUCGCUGAUUCACAAAGUGCUCUCCGAGUACCUCCUGGCGGGCGGGCCGGGGACUCGUUACGAAGCCGCGCACUCCGUGGCGGGCCCCGCGAUGCUCCGCAUGAUCCACACCAGGGACGGCGCGCACGCCGUCAACAUGAUGAUGUCGCACGCGGGCGCCAGGCAGCGCAAGAUGGUGCUCAAGGCGCUCAAAGGGAACGUCGCGCGCAUCGUUCGCGACGAUCACGGAUCGAUGGCGAUCAUGUGCAUGCUCGACUGCGUCGACGACACCGCGCAGCUGGGCAAGGUGAUCGUCAACGAGCUCAAGGCGGAGGGACUCGCGCAGCUCGCGGAGGACCCCGCGGCGAGGCGCGUGCUGCUCCACCUGCUCCGCCCGAGGUCCCGGAGGUACGUUCACCCCCACGCGCUGGCUAAGUUACCGGACCAAGACGAGGAUGACGGGAUGGACGACGAGAUGAUGGAUGACGAGUUUGACGACGACGAGUUUGAAGAGGGCGACGCGGCCGGCGACGAAAAGGUCAACGGCAUGACCAAGUUCAAGUCGAAGGCUGCCGAGGCUGCCGCCGCCGUCGACGACUCCGACGACGAGGGUGCCGGCACGGCGGGCGGUGCCUCCGAUUCGGUCGACUUUGGCAUCGCGAGAAAGCCGAGCGAUUUACGCCGAAGGGAAAUUUUCGGCCAGCAUGGCAAGCUCGGCGCCGCGCUGGUCGACGCGUGCGAACGGAACGCGUCGUCGAUGCUGCGAAGCGUCGCCGGGUGCGACGUCCUCGUGGAGACGUGCUCGGGCGGCGCGGGGGGCGCGCUGACCCGAGCCGUGGGCGCCGAGAGGCUCCGCAAACUCCACGCGUCGGUGGCGGAGGUUGUUCGAGCCUCCGUCGAGGGCGAGGAGGACGAAUCGGAGGAGGAGGAGGAGGACGACGACGACGGGAAAGGAAAAGGGGAAGGGGAGGGCAAGGUGCGUGAGCCGCUGCACACCGGCUUCGUCUCCUCCCGCGCGCUCCGCCGGAUGGUCCUCGACAUACCGGGACCCCAACCCGAGGACGAGGACGACUCGACAGGCGGCGGUGGCGAAGAUGCCGGGCGGGCCCCCUCGUUCGCGGCGGCGCUGUGGCGCGGCGCCGUGGCGGGUACCCUCGCGGAGUGGGUGCACGGGCACGGCGCCAAGGUGGUGGCGGCGAUCGUCAGGGCGGGCGACGAGGACACCGUCGCGGAUGCCACCGCCGCGCUGGGGAAGAUUUUGAAGGGUGAAGACUCCUCCGUGGACGAGUGGGUCGCGGGGUUUUUCCGGGACGGCGCGAAAGCCGGGGCGAAAGCCGGCGCGAAGGCGUCGACGAAGAAGCCGCCCGCGGCUAACGGUAAGAAGAACGGAGAGUCGGGUGGUGAUAAGGGUAAGGGUAAAAAGGCGGAUGCGGCGUCGGCUCCCAAGACUCCCGCCAAGACACCCGCCAAGACACCCGCGGGAAAGAAGGCGUCCUCGAAGAAGGCGGAGUCCGCGAGGGAUGAGGCGCCGGCGGAGGGGUCCAUGAAGAAGAAGAAGUUUUCGCCCAGGCAGACGCGCGCGCAGAGGGCGGCCAAGGCUGCUGGAAAGUGA